CUAAACGUGUCCUAAAUCACAUGUUCGAUGUGCACAAAUUUAGUGUUCCAUUUCCAGAAAGAUUAACCGAUCCUGCCGGGUUGUUAAUUGAAUUAGGACGUAUUGUGGGGGAAGAACGCUGUUGCUUGGCUUGUGGUCGUCAGUUUUACGGUAGUUGUGUGGAAGGAUCAAACAAUGCUCGGAUCUCCCUGUCUGCCGUCCGCAGUCAUAUGUUGGACAAACCUAGCCACAAACAAGUAUGGUUUGGAGUAGAAGACCCAGUCCAAGUGGCAUUAUUGGUAGCUAAGGCAGAAGAAGAGUCAAAUGACGAUUGCAAGAUAAAUUACCCUAAGGCUGCUCUUGCAGGUGGUGAGCUGUUUAGUCAGUUUUACGAUCAGUCAGUCCUUGCACCAUCUUUCAUACUUUCAGAUGAUGAAGACGUUUAUGAAGUACGGUUACCAUCUGGUACUGUUCUAGAUGGAGCUAAAUUAUUGAACCGUGAUAAUGGACAGAAGAGCGUUUCAAUACGACGUCCAGACUUCAAAGCCUUAAUACAGAAUAGAUCUAAUGCCGAUUCUGAGAGACGUUUAAACGAACAAAGAAAGUACUGGGAUUUAGUAACUGGUGUCCAAGGAUCAUGUUCAUCUGAGAAUCCUAAAGUUCACUCUGAUCUGGCUUCCAUCAGUGAUGAAAACCUUAAUCUACCAUAA